UUAAUAUGUGUAUAUAGGUCACGUAAAUGUCCAGGCUAAAUUUCGCGUAUAAAAGCAGGCGUUUCUGGUGGGUAAAUCAUAGUUUGAUUGAUUACCCCAAAGCAACAAAACUAAGCACUCACCAUGAAGUACCUGAUGAUCUGUGUUAGCCUGGCCCUCUUCGCCUACAUCAACGCCCUGCCGAAUCCGUCCUACGGACUCCCCCGAGGUGGUUAUGGCGGUGGUUACGGACAUGGCCCCGUCCAGCGCGUCGUCUACGAGGAGGUUCCCGUCUAUGGUCGCGGUGGAUACGGAGUUGGCCGACCCCUCCGAUCGGAAGGAAAUGGUGGAAGUGCCGCUGCUGCCGCCGCUGCAUCCGCCGCUGCCGUGAAUCCCGGCAGCUACAGCCAGUGGGUCGUUCCCUCCUGGGAAAUCGAUGGCGGUCGCGGUCACCCGGUCGGUCAUGGCGGAUACUAAUUCCCGAUCCGAAGGCACUGAAUCGAACUAUCGACCCAUUGUUCAAGCCCUCGAGUGGCUGUCCCAGCGAAACUCUGAGUGACUGCGAAUAAAAACAUCUGCAACGCAACGGAAAAUAUUGAACAAAAA